GGAGCCGGUGGCAGGAGGGAGGCGAGGGUGGGGUAAGAGCAAGCCAGGUAUAAGGGGCGGCAGGCACCGGCCUCCUCCUCACCCCAGGAACAUGAAGCUUCUCUUCAGUCUCCUGCUGAUCAUGAUCUUGAGCCUGGGCCCGGCCGCGGCCCAGGGCCUGCGAUGCCACCGCUGCAAGGGCUUCGGAGGGUGCUCCCACGCCUCUAGCUGCCCAAGGGGCUCCACCCACUGCGUCAUCAUCGCCACCCGGGCUCCCAUCAGCUUCAAUGACCUGCCCCUGGUGACCAAGAUGUGCUACAGCGGCUGCCCCGACGUCCCCAGCCUGAACCUGGGCCCCCACGUGUCCAUCGCCUGCUGCCAGUCCAGCCUCUGCAACCACGACUGACACCCUGCCGAGGGCCACGCCCAGCCCUCGGGGGGGGGCCUCCCCCCCCCCGCCUGACCCCCCUCCCCCCAGCCUCUCGCUCUUCCUCAGGAAGCCCCGCGUGCUGGGGUCUUGCCCUAGGUUGACACCCAGGCCCUUCGCCUCUGUGCCCCCAAUGCCAACAGACCCCCCCAAUAAAAGGAAGUG